CGACUGUUGCAGGAGGUCACCUGAUAUCUGUUUCUUUUCUCCGCGCUGCUCAGGAUCGGCGAAUUAUGGCUUUAUAGCGAUUGCUAGGGAAGUUUUGUCUGUGUAUGUUAGGUACUGUUCUUAAUGUUAGGAGAAGAUUAUAACACUUGGAAUUUAAAUGUCUGCAGAAAGACAGAACCUAUGGUGAGAUGCUUUAGGAGACGCAGAGCACCACCUGCUGGAGAAACACUGAACAUCACCGAAUUUGACCGAACCUCGCCGAGCAUUACCGAACUUCACCGAACUUCACCGAACAUCACCGAGAGAGGACUCGCUCAGUCAGCCAUGUAAAGUGCAGGCGACGGGAUCCUGUUCCGAGCGAUUUUUAUUCCUGAUCUUCCUAUUUCAGAUCGCAGUGAAUCAUGGUUCAGUCCUGCUCGGCGUAUGGAUGCAAAAACAGAUACCACAAAGAUAAAAACAUCUCCUUUCAUAAGUUUCCUCUGGCACGACCAGACAUCUGUGGGAGAUGGCUGGCCGCUAUGAAGAGAAGAAACUUCAAACCCACCAAGUACAGCAACAUCUGCUCUCAGCACUUCACCAGAGACUGCUUCAAACACGAGUGCAACAACCGCGUGCUGAAGGACAAUGCCGUGCCCUCGCUCUUCACCUCCAGCAAACUACAGAUGCAGACAGCGUCUCUGGAGGAGAGCUUCAGCCCAGACCUGGACUUUCCUCUGAGUCUCCCGCUGUCUGACGCUGAAGAGACUCCGGAGGAGCGUCCGUCUGAAGCCCAGCCCGGCCCGGACCACACCAGCACCUUCGUCUCCUGCGACCACAACUACACGGUGGAGGACACGGUGCAGCAGAAGAGACGCAUCGAGACGCUACAGGAACAGUUGGAGAAGCUGUGCAAGAGACUGAAGACGGUGCAGCAGAAGUGCAGGAGGCAGGAGAGACAGCUGGAGCGCUUCAGAGCCAUGAGACAGGUCCAGAAGCCCAGCAAGGACACUCCACUGGGAGACGGCUACGUCAUCCUGCCCAAAGAGAUCUACGACGUCCUGAGAGGAAUAGAGACCAUCGGAGCGCUGUGAGGGACGUCGAGCGAGAGAGAGUCACGGUUCUAAAGGGAUUUGACUUCUUCUGUCUGUCAUGACCUGUGUUCUGUGUGUUUGAACGUGUUCUCUGUGACUGG